AUGUUCUGUGACGCCCAUUCACGAUUCUUUUGCCGCGCCGCCUUUGUCUGUCCGUCAGGAUUCGCCGCUCAGUUCUUUAUUUUUUCACUCUUACUGAGCCAUUUUGUUAUUUCUUCAGUUUUACCGUGCCGUGUACGAUGCCGUGAAUAGACAUUUUCAUGGUGGAGAGUCGAAAGACAUCUUGGAGUUCUACAUCAUGGACCAGGCGCGAAGCACCUGCAACGGCGGCACGUCGCAACCUCCAAAGCGUAGGAAACGUUAUUUAGAGCCAGGGGAGACCUAUUCCUUGCCACGGACAUCUUUGCGGUACCAGGAGAGGGUCCAGGACAGCCAGUCAUCUUUGCAGACACCUCAGCAGCAGUCUCUCAGAAGCUCCGGCGCUGGAAGUGCAAAUGCCGGCGUAUGUAAUAACUAUUUGUCCUGCGAGAUUUCUGACAACGAUGAUUUCGACGCCAGUGAUCAAAACCUUUACCAUGCGGAAAGCGACGAGGGAGAUAGCAACAAACAGUACGACAGUGAAUCCAGCUCUGCUGAAGACUGCAGUGGUGCAGAAGAGUGCGAAGGUGAUGGAGAUGAAUUUUGUCGCCUGUUCUCAAGCGAAUGCCUUCCGAACUCUGACAUGAGUGUCAGAGAUGCCAUGCUGACACUGAUGGCAUAUACUGCGUCAGUAGGCUUAAACUGGACCGACAUGGAGAAGCUUGUGGGUGUUAUAAACCUUUUUCUAGGAAAGCCUGUCCUUCCUACUUCGAGCUACAUGCUUAGAAAAGUGUGGAAGCAGUGGAUGGGCGGCCUUGUCGAACGGCACUACUUUUGUGAGGCAUGCGAAGCUGUGAUACCGAAUCCUCGUCAAAAGGAUUUUUCAUGCCCACACUGCAAUACCACCAACUCGGGACAAAAUUUUUUUGUUACGUUGGACCUCAAGAAACAAAUUGAAAUCAUGCUUAUUGACAAAUCAGUGUCAAAGGGCUUAAUGGAAUCCCUCAAGAAAAGGCAACUUCAAUCGGACGAAGGCACUGUGAAAGACAUCAGUGAUGGGCGGCUUUACAAAGAACAGAUGAAAAACUCGUCAUGGUGUGACAUCUCUCUGACAUUCAACACAGAUGGUGCAAAAGUUUUCAAAUGCAACAAAGCUUCAAUAUGGCCAAUUCAGUGUGUGGUGAAUGAGCUGCCAUUAUCAUUGCGGUGGAGUAAUGUACUACUAUGUGGACUGUAUUUUGGAAAAGGCCACCCAAGAAUGAGCCAAUUUCUUGGAACUUUUGUUAAAAGCCUCAAACAACUGAACUCUGUCAAGUGGAAGUGUGAUGAACAGGCGCUGUCCUCGAAGGUACACAUCACAUGCUGUUGUGUUGAUGCCCCAGCACGUGCAGCGGUGCUCAAUAUGAAACAAUACAACGGCUACUUUGGCUGCAGCUUCUGCCUUCACAGAGGUGUCCAUAUCCGUGGUAAGUACUUUCAAUUACAAGCUAGUUUAUGGCCUUUUAAGCACUUAUUUGUUCCCAUAUAUAUAAAACAACAUAGCUUGAGUUAAAUUAGUCAGAAUUGCAAAGGGGGCACUACAGUACAUAAUUCAAUAUGUAACAUGUUUUGAAUGUCAUCUAUGACAGCACUCAUGCCAGUGUUAUUUUACCAUUUAGUGGACAACACAAAUCAUACAAGGAAACUGGAAUGGGUAUUUCCUAGUUUAUUCAUGCCUACAUGCUAAAUAGAACAGCUAUGUUUGAUGUGCAUUUUGUCAACCUAACAGAGCCAGUUCAAGAAGCAUAAAAGUAAGGGUGUGAUAUGUGAUUUAUGUUCCCAGGGGCCCUGAGAUACCCAGUGCCAGAGGGAGGACGCCACCCAGACCUGAGGACCAACAGAAGUUUCAGGGAAGACAUGCGGGUAUCUCUGCAGUCUGGAGAACCAUCCCACGGCAUAAAGGGAGCUUCAGCACUUGCCCACAUGCCGAACUUUGACUUAGUUUGGGCUGUUUGUCCAGACUACAUGCAUUGCGUGCUAGAAGGAGUUGCAAAACAGCUGGCCGACAUAUGGUUUGGGUCAGUAGAUUCACCAUCAUAUAUUGGAAAGCCAGCUCAAAUUAAGAGAGUGGA